AUGGCAACAAACACCAACUCAUACCCUGUCUCUUCCCACUCGCGCACCAAAUUAAACGCUUUCCGCUACCAAGACGAAAUUCUGGCUCCUGAAAACACCGCGUCGAAGGAUGGGACGAACGUGGUUCAUCGGAAUAAGGAGAACCAAAGCUCGUGGCUAAAUGGCGUGGUGGAAUCAAUGCCCACAUCUUCCGACAAGGCCAAUCCUCUGCCCCAAAAGGUCCCUGUCAAGGCCCCUGCGGAGGAUCCUAAACUAGUCAAAGAAUGCCCGCAGACUCCGGGAAAUCGUAUACCUCUUGCUGACUUGAUCAGCAAUGCUGAAGACGCAUUUGACCCCGCACCAGGUCCGGAGGUCACACCAGUUGAUCAUGUUAUAUGGCAACAUGUUCCAGUUAGCUCGAAUCCCGACAGCUCAUCCCAGACCCCCGGCCAUCGUCGACGGAAGCGUCGCCAUAGUUCAUCGUCUGCAGGUUCUCCCUCGAAUGGAAACUCAAAGAAAGCCCAGAAAGAACCAUUCGACCUGCAGUCUAUCCAAGCACUAUUUAAAACCCCCCAGCAUGACUUGGCCGCUGAGUUGUGGAACAACUAUGUGGACAAAAACAUGGUUGAUGGGUCAGAAGAACUUCCGCCUACUCGUCUCGCAAACCUUCUGUCUUCGUCGCCUCAAACACCAGUCUCCGGAAAAACAAGUCGGGAUUCAUCUGGUUUGAGGCGGUCAAUAAGUUGUGCUGCCGAAUGGCCCACAUCAAGGGCGAAGAGAAGGCGUGUCAGCAGGCAGGACCCUGGCUCUGGUCGAGGUAUCUUCUCGCGCACAAACAGUAAUGUCUUAGACUCGGGAAAGAAGUCAUCUAGGAUCAACCUCAUCCUUGACAGAAUUGAAAAGAGUCUACAGCCAGCCCCACAGGCCGAAAUGGGCCAUCCCGGUUCCUCCCCUUUGCGACAACGUAUGGAUGCGCAAAGGUGCCGGUCUUCGUCCCCAACAAUGGACAGAAAAGGCCCAUAUCCCGUUGACCUUGCCCAAAAUUAUUCCAAUGUCAAUGCUGGAGCUACUCUAGGUGCUCCGGUGGAAGAUUCAUCAUCCGAGUUCGGAGAUGACGAUCUAGACCAGGAUUUCAUGGAUUUGGUCGACGCUUCUGCGGACCCUUUUACUGCCCCCACUGGCAAUCAAACCGAAUUUGAAUCUCUUGGAUCUUCUGGCUGGUCCAAGGUUGCUGCAGAGAAGCUACAACCUAGUCAGCCGGAGAAAUCAUUAGUGGGGGAUAAUAAACUGUAUACAGUCUACGAAAUUAUGAAUAACGAAACCAAAAACGAAGAAUCCGAAGACUUGGAAGACGAGUAUGGGGAUUUCGAUGAUAACUUGGAGGAAUUUCUUGCGGAAUGCGAUGGAAAGCCCAACAAGAUCGUCUCAUCUAAACUCAUCGCUGCAGGACAACAAACCGAGAAGAAAUUAGGAACGGCUCCCGCUGCUGGUGGAGUGAAUAUAUCUACCGGUUUACCCUUAGCACAAGAGGUUGAUGUCUCUGAGGAUGAGUUUGAUGAUGAUUUUGAUCUGGAUGCUAUUGAGCAGACCAUGAAACAGACUGGUGAAGAUGCAUCUCACAACAUUAAUGGUCGGCAAGCUAUCAAGCGUUACCAGAUUAUGGAUUCUGCGGAAAACAUGUAUGUCACGUCGAGGGGACGUUCUCAGCCCGAACAGGUCCUAUCGGUCGAAGACGAGAGAACGCGCUCCCGGAAAGCUAUCAUCCUACGAGAGUCGUGGUUUGACACUCCCUGCAGCAAAGACUCAUUCAUUCAUCUUGUUGGGGACUUCAACUCCUCUGGUCAAUGUGUUGUGGAUAAUGCUCACAAUAUGAUAAUUCUGCAUCCGGACCACUUGAUAUCUGCAACUGUUGUAGCUGACUCGGUUGAUUGCCAACGGCGAGCUAUACUUCAGGAUCGUGUCAAAGCAUUUGGUCAGCUUGAAAGACCACAGGCAUUCGGUGUCUUCUUUCAUGAAAUCUUCCAGGAGGCCUUGAAGGCCAACCGAUGGGAUCUUGACUCAUUGAGAUUACUGGUUGAAAAUGUUAUGAAGAAACAUGUAGAAGAGUUAUAUUCAAUUAACAUGAGUAUACCCGAAGCUGUUGAGACAGUAAUGGGUAAAAUACCGACUGUUCAAGCUUGGGCAGAAGUGUUUCUUCACACCAAACCCCAGGCAAACUCCCUGGUUGAGGACCGCAACAGCACCAAACUCAAUCUGAGCAUCAAUAAGUUACUUGAAGUUGAAGAGCAUGUAUGGUCGCCCAUGUUUGGCCUCAAGGGAAACAUUGAUGCCACGGUACAAGUUAGCUGCCGGGACAAAGACGGAUUAAAAAACCUCGUUAUACCGCUCGAGUUGAAAACGGGUAAGAGGGAUACGAACCAGAGCCAUAGAGCGCAGACUGCUCUCUACACCCUCUUGCUCUCUGAUCGUUAUGAUAUUAAUGUCACUUUUGGACUUUUGUACUAUCUUGAGCUCUCCAAGACCCUAAGUAUUCGCGGUAUACGGCACGAGCUAGUUCAAAUGAUCCAAGUUCGGAACCGUCUAGCAGAGUUCAUUCGCGAGCGAAUGCGCCUUCCACCAAUGCUGAAAAAGCCACAAAGAUGCAACAAGUGUUAUGCGAAGACCCCAUGUCUUCUCUAUCACAAGUUAUCAGAAGACGGCGAUGGGGAGACAAGCGGGCUUGGUGACGACUUCGUCAAGUUUACCCGUCAUCUCAACCAAGGCGAUCAGCAAUUCUUCCGCAAAUGGGAUGAGCUCCUCACCAAAGAAGAAGGGAACUUGGUCAAGUUCCGACGAGAGCUUUGGACGCUUUUGAGUAGCGAGCGGGAGGCUCUCGGUCGUUGCUUUGGGGAUGUUGUGAUCGACCCGAGAUCUGCUCAUGAGGAGGAGAACGGUUCCAAGAUCAACCGUUUUCGAUACACUUUUCAUAAGAAACAAGCUUCUCCAGGCUUCUCCUUUGCAGAGUCACAAAUCUCUGUUGGAGAACCCGUUGUUGUUUCAGAUGAGAAAGGCCAUUUUGCUCUUUCUAAUGGCUAUGUCACUCAUGUGAGCACAUCACACAUCACAGUAGCCGUUGACCGAAAAUUGCACAAUGCAAGAGCCAAAACAUCCGGCUUCAACGCAGUUACAAAUCAAUCAUUCAAGGGUAUUAUGGAAAUUGGCCAUGGGAAUGCCACCUGCCUUGAAGACAAUGAAGAACCAGUGUAUCGAAUCGACAAGGAUGAAUUCAGUAACGGCAUGGCUAUCGUACGAAACAAUCUCAUUUGCAUGAUGGACAAUGAUUUGUUCCAGGCGAGGCAUUUGAGACGACUGAUCAUCCAAUGCCAAGCACCUGUCUUCAGAUCAACGUCCUCAGCAUACCCAAUCUCUGAUAUCGACUCUCUCAAUAUCGACCAGAAGCAAGCUAUUGAGAAAGUCAUGAGUGCCAAGGAUUAUGCCCUAAUUCUGGGAAUGCCCGGAACCGGCAAAACAACGACCAUUGCCCACAUUAUUCGAGCCUUAGUUGCUCAAGGGAAAAGCGUACUGCUAACUUCCUAUACGCACACUGCCGUGGACAACAUUCUUCUCAAGAUCCGCGAUGAUAAUAUCCGCAUCCUGCGCAUUGGUGCUACAACCAAAAUUCAUUCGGAAGUACAGGAGUUCGCUGACCUCGCAGCGAUUCCAAAGAAGACUAUUGAAGAACUAAAGGACUCAUAUGAGAAACCGCAAGUCGUUGCAACGACGUGUCUGGGUGUGAAUCACAAUAUUUUCAAUCAGCGUAUCUUCGACUAUUGUAUUGUCGACGAGGCUUCACAGAUCACACUUCCAGUCUGUUUGGGACCAAUUCGUAUGGCAAGCACUUUCAUCCUCGUUGGUGAUCAUUAUCAACUCCCGCCUCUAGUGCAGAAUAAAGCCGCACAGGAAGGAGGUCUAGACGUCAGUCUAUUCAAGCUACUUUCCGAUGCUCAGCCCGACUCUGUAGUCAAUCUGGAACACCAAUAUCGCAUGUGCGAGGACAUCAUGCUUCUUUCCAACAAUUUGAUCUACUCUGGUCGCCUUAAAUGUGGUACCCCUGAAGUUGCCACAAGCACACUUGAGAUACCGAAUAUCCAUGCUCUCAAGAAAUUCCACAUUGAUGAACAUGACCCUGAACAAAAAGAGAUGUGUCAUGGUCCCGAUCAUGGACAUUGUUGGCUGAAUGACCUUCUCAAUCCCACUGCCAAAACCCUUCUUGUCAACACUGACCCUCUGGGAUCAGCAUCUCUCGAGACAGCCCAAGGCCAGCGUAUCGUGAACCAUAUAGAGACCGUCCUCUGUUCUCAAUUGGUUGAAGCUUUUAUUGCUUCCGGUAUUCCAGUUCGUAAUAUCGGAGUCAUAACAUUCUACCGCAGCCAACUAUCUUUGCUGCGUCAAAGCCUUCGUUGCUAUGCACCGGAUCUUGAAAUGCAUACGACCGAUAAAUUUCAGGGACGUGACAAGGAAGUCAUCAUUCUGAGUUGUGUGCGCAGUAACUCCGACAACCAUGUUGGAGAGCUCCUUCGAGAUUGGCGUCGUGUCAACGUCGCUUUCACUCGCGCUCGCACCAAGCUCCUUGUCCUCGGUAGCAAAUCAACACUCCGCGAUGGUAAUGAACUCUUGUGCAAAUAUGUCCGUCUGGUUGAAGGUAAAGGCUGGGUCUACGAUCUGCCUGUCGAUGCAGCCGAAAGCCAUGUCUUCCAAUCAGCAACCUUGAAUCCAACCCAAAUGCCAUACCAAUCUCCAAAUACGGCUCGAACACCUGGCUCACGAAAGAAGAAAACGAGCCCCUCGACCAAGCAAAGUCCACUUCCCCGAGAGCCACUUAGCCCUUUGGGCUCUCGGCAAACUUCUAGUCUUCGCAAACCUGCCAAAAUAGGUGCGAAGAUAUUCAAUGGUGAAACCGUUGUCGGCAAUAGGCCCAUCAUUCGGGACCUAGUGAAUGAUAUUUCAUGA